AUGUCACAGCAUCAGUCUAUUAGGACUGCAGCUUUACAGAGAAAACUCAUGGAAAAUGUAGAGUGGAGCAAUCAAACGUUCAUCACAGAAUUCAUCCUAUUGGGAUUCGGGAAUCUCCCAGAACUGCAGACCCCUCUCUCCCUGCUGUUCCUAGUGAUCUACAUUGUAACCAUGGCUGGGAACAUCCUCACUCUUGCGCUAGUUGUGACUGAUCAGCACCUUCACACACCCAUGUACUUCUUCCUGGGGAACUUGUCCUGCUUGGAGACCUGCUAUGCCUCCACCAUCCUGCCCAGGAUGCUGACCAGUCUUCUGACUGGGAACAGGACCAUUUCAUAUAGCGGCUGCAUCGCACAACUGUACUUCUUUGUAUUCAUGGUGACUGCCGAAUGUUUCCUCCUAUUAGUCAUGUCUUAUGACCGCUACUUAGCAAUAUGCAAUCCCUUGCAUUAUGCAGCACUUAUGAGAAGCUGGGUUCGCAUACAGCUAGUGUCUGGCUCUUGGAUAAUGGCCUUCUUUACUAGUACCUUGAUAACUCUUUUGAUGGCCAGAUUAACAUUCUGUGGCCCCAACGAAAUUGACCAUUUCUUUUGUGAUUUUGCCCCGAUGCUCAAACUCUCCUGCAGUGACACCAGCCUGAUUGAACUGGUAGAUCUAUUACUGUGUUUUGCAAUUAUACUUCCUACAUUCCUGUUAACCCUGAUAUCCUAUGUCUGUAUCAUCACCACCAUCCUGAGAAUCCCCUCCACCACCGGGAGGCAAAAGGCCUUUUCUACCUGUUCCUCCCACCUCAUUGUAGUUGCUACUUUCUAUGGAUCACUCAUCAUUAUUUACAUGAUACCAACUGCUGGCACUGCAGGAGACCUACACAAAGUGUUCUCUGUCUUCUAUACUGUCCUGACACCCUUGGUCAAUCCUCUCAUCUACAGCCUGAGAAACAAGGAGGUCAAAGAGGCAUUGAAGAAAGCUGGAGGCAAACUGGCUGCUUUCAUAAGGAGGUGA